AAAAAUUUAAAAUCUCUCUAUACUGACUAUACUCUAUAUAAUAAUUUUAAAUAAUUCUAUAAAUAUAAAUCCUUAAAAGUUUAACCUAUGACCUAUGAUCUAUCCUAUCAGACUAUGCCGUCUAUGCCAGUAAAUUAUUAUCAUAAUUAUGGCAUUAAAUUAAUGAUAAUUAAUCAUUAAUGAUUAAAUUAAUAUUAACAUGAUUAUGAUAAGAUUAAGAUUAUGCCAUAAUCUUAAUAAUCAUUAUGGUAUUAGUUAAGAUGAUUAUCAUUAUGCUAAGCCUUAUGAUUAUCACUAAUCAUCACUAAUGUGACUAAUCAAUAAAUCAUGUCUAAUGAGUUAAAUGAGGUAAUUUGCAAGUGAUAUUGAUACUAUGUUCAUGAGAUGGAUCCUUCAAGGAACAAUUUACCUUUACAAUUCAAUAUGAACAAAAACAAGCCAGUCAUAAGAAAUAGUUCAGAAGGGAAAGAAGAUGAUGUAACCUCCAGCACCAAUCUCAACAUGAUGAAUGCCAAUGAGAAUGCUGCUGAUCAACAACAAAACAACAUGAUUGGUGUCUUUAAUAUGCUUGGUCAGAUGGUUGCCCCCCUUGGAGGGGACCACAACAUGAUGAUGAUGGGGCCUAUGAAUUUUAAUAAUUUUGGUGGUAUAAUGGGACCAGGCCCAGGACCUAUGAUGGGUGGAAUGGGUCCAAUGGGUGGACCAGGAAUGUUAGGCCCUGCUCCGCCUGGCAUGAUGGGUCACCCAUUGCCCAUAAAGGAAAUAAUCAGGUUAAAAUCCAGUGUGUUGUAUCCACCACCACCAUCUGCACCACCACGGAGCACUCGAGAGAGACCUCCUGGAUGCAGAACAAUUUUUAUUGGAGGCAUACCAGAGAACUGUACUGAGGAAUACUUAUUUGAAGUGUUUGAAAGCUGUGGACCCAUCCAGAGCAUCAGGAUCAGCAAAAAGAACUUUGCCCACAUCAGGUUUGAGAAUAUGGACUCUGUGGACAGAGCUUUGUACAUAUCAGGUUAUCGCAUGAAGAUAAAAGAUUCUGAUGAUAAAGAAGACACAGGCAGACUACAUGUUGACUAUGCGCAGGCCAGGGAUGAUCAGUUUGAGUUUGAAUGUCAUCAGAGAGCACUGGCUAGAGAAAUGAGACACAUCCAGAGAUUGGAAGAGGAACGACUGCGUCCACCAAGUCCACCACCAGUGACACACUAUUCUGACCAUGAAGCCUCACUUCUUCUAGAAAAAUUAAAAUUGGAUGACAAUUUUAUCAAAGCUUCACAGGUGUUAAUCACCUGGCUAGAGAGGGGUGAGUGUAACAGAAGAACGGCUACCAGCUUUUACUCUAUGGUCCAGAAUGUCCAUAGCCAUGUUCGACGCCUUACCAAUGAAAAGACGGCAGUUCAGGAAGAGUAUGAGCGCUAUCAGCUCCAAGUCCAGCAAAGAAUCCAAUGCAUCAGCUCUCAAUUGUGUCAGGUAGAACGUGUACUGGCGGCCUCACACAAACAAAAGUGCUGGGACCAUUUUACCAAGGCUCAACGCAAGAACAUUGAUACCUGGCAGCGCCAGGCACAGGAACUUCGUGAGAAUGACAAUUCAUUUGUUAAAGUGGAGGCCUCUGUGGAAGACAUGGAUUUUUCUGAUGAUGAGGACUCCAGCCCUGCAAAGAAAAGAAAGACAGGAGCCCACUCUGUUUCAGACAGCAUUGAGAGCCAGAAGUUAAAGGAAGAAAAUGAUGCCCUCAAAUGCCAGAUGGAAGCUUUUAAAAAUGAGGUGGACAUGGUUCGUCAAGAAUGGCGGACAGAUGUGGAAGACAAAGACAAACAAAUCAAAGCAUUACAAAAUGCACUGCAGGGAAUGCAGCAGCAACUAAUAGCCCAUAGAGCUGCAGCCUCCAGAUUGGAACUGGAAAGGGAAGAAAAUAAAUCUGAAAGGAAAGAAGAUUCAGGAAAGCCAUCAGAGGAAGGGAAAAGUUCAACAGAAGAAAAGGAGGAGGAAACUCCAUCUGCUAAAUUAUCUACUAAGGAGGACAUCACAGUGAGCAGUUCUGGUCUAACUCUGACUGAUAAAGAAGCUAAAAUGAUAGGACUGAUAUGCUGCUUCCUUCAUGUUCACCCUCAUGGGGCCACGGUGGACUAUCUGUGGUCCUACCUGCGGCAGAUUCUACCAGUCAGGACCAGAGAAGUUGAAGACCUGCUGGAAAAAAUGCCCUCAAUUUUUGAUCAAGAGAUCAUCGGCGUCGGUGCAGCCAUAGAAAGGAGGUGGAUAUUUACAGCUCUUAAAAGAGGAGCAGCUGUGUCAAGUCCAUAAGCAGAGUUUAGAUCAAGAUAUAGAAUCUAUUGUAUUUUGUGUAAAUAGUGGACAGAUCUUAUUUAUUAAUGCGUUAGACAUGCAUGUGUGAUUGAUUUUUGUUAUGAAAGUUGUGUAUUUAUUUUUUUCUCUCACAAGUUUGCAAGACUUUUUUUUUCCUUUUGAUGCUUUCUUUAUUAGGCUUAGGAAUAAUUAUAUGGUGACUUUGUACAGAUAGAAUAAAAAUUAAUUAAUUCCUAUGGGCUAGUCACUUGCACUAUUUAACUGGUAAACCUCCCCAAAAGUUUUACAUGAAGUGUUUUUCACCUAUCUGGAAUGAAUUUCAGUAGAGCCUACUAUUAAUUUUUUCAGUUUAAUGGAUAAAAACAAACACUAUACAAACAUUACCAAGUAUUUAACAGUAUGGAUUUUUUAACACAGUUUGAGUUAUGCUUAUCAUGAUCCCCUGCUAAUUUGGAUAACUUGAGCUACUUGAUGAAAUAGGCCAGUUUGCUAAAAUAUGCUAGAUAUAUAACUUUGAAUAUAACUGAAUUACCUGUAUGAAAAGUUGUUACUUUAAGUUCAAUAUAUUCAAUAUAACAAGACUUUGCAUGGUUCUAAUGUACAUUGUUGUGUUGACUGACUAGAUGGAUGAGUCAAAUGAGAUUGCAGUAUUUUGUUUUCAAAUGUGCAUCAAUAGUUGCAAGUGUCUCAGAGACCAUGCAACAUUGUAUCUUAAUGAAGAACAUACUGACCAAAACUAUUCAUCAAAGUGUUGAUAGCUGUACUAUUCAGCUUCAAAAUGUUGAAAAUUUAGCAAAACAUAAAUAACUUUGUUACAGUAUCCUGAUGUCUAUAAAAUAUGUUUGUAAUUGUUUUUGUUUUUUUUAAUUUUUUUUUUUAAUUUAAUGUAAGUUUUGAAUUCUCUUUAAAAGAAAAAAAAAAUUCCUCUCUCUAGUUUGCUAUUAAUAUAUUCUUUUUUUAAUUUUGUAAUUAUUCAAACAAAAUGCCCAUGCUCUUAAAAAUUAUAUUAAAAUGAAUAUAAAUGUUUGUUUUUCAAUGUCCAUUUAUAAUUCUCCUUUUUUUUUUCUUUUAAAAGAUCUUCUGCCAUAAUUCAGUUUCUCAUGAAAAAAAUCAUGUUUUUCUCCAUAUUCAUUAAGUUUUUCAUGCUUUCAUGCUUUUUUUUUUUUUUUGUUAAGUAGAUAUUAUGGAAUAAUAUUAAUAUUUAGUAUGUUGCUUUAAUGUUUAAAAUCAUUCUAAUUAUUGUUUGUGAUCCAGUGUCACUUAAAUAUGAAAUAUCUUUGUUUGAAAUUAAAUAAGUGAAGUGUAUUUUAUUUAGAUUGAAACAGCAGAACAUUGAUGAUAUCAAUGUCAUCAAAUCUAAAUUAUUAAUCCUCAAAUUAAUUACAAGAUUUUUUUAUUUUGGACAUAGUGAAUAAGUGAAUUACACUCAUAUAAUACUACUGUGAAAAUUUUGUCAUUCAUUUCUUAAUUCUACCAAUGGUCAAACUUUUAUGCUUGCAUUGUCACAGUGUCAACUAUUUAUCUAGUGAUGAAGCCUAUCUUACCUUUGACUAUGGUAAGUCUUUUUGAAGUAGAUAAAAAUACAUUUUCAAUGUACAAAUUUCAUUGCCAAAUCAAAAAACUUGUUGUUUUUUUUUUGUGAAAACAAUUGUAUUUACAUACACCCUCAUGUUCCUUACUAGUUUCAAAACAUGAAACUAUUUUUCGAUUUGAAAAAAAAAAAGGACUUACUCUAAAUCACAAAACAUCUUUUUUUUUCAAGGCUGAGCAUGAUUUCAGUCCCAAAAGCUUUUGUUGUGAUGAUGUUCUAAAUGAAUUCAUUCUUAGUUGGUCUUGCAUUAUUUCUUUUUUGUUUUCAGACAUCUUCAUAAAAUGGUUUCAAUAUUGAUAACAAGAAAUUUUGUCCCUUAGUUGAAUAACUUUCCACUAAUUUCAAAUGUCAAACAUAAAUUUUGAUGAACUUUUCAAACAGUUGGUCAAGGGGUGUUAAAGUGAUGACCAAUGACAUUGCGUAUUUUGCUUGUUCAGUGUUUUGUUAAAAUGAAAAAUAAACGUUAAAACCAUU